AAGCUGCGGACGCGGAGGGAUUGUCCCUCGGCGGCCACCGUGGAGCGACUCGGCGCGUUGCCGUGGAGACGGGUUGGGCGGGAUGGAGCGGGGUGCUGCGCGCUGAGCCGAUCCUGCUUCUCCACGAGGACUGCUGUGGCCCCGGCGGGAUCGCGGGGCAGGUAACCAGAUGAGCUGGAGCGGAGCUGCGCCGGGGCGCGGAGGUGAGGUCAGAAUUUGUCCGAAGACCUGGUACGGGCGAUUCCUUCCUGCGGAGAGGAACCGUUGCCAUGGGACCGAGAGCGCUGGCCCGGCGGCGAGGGUGGCCCCGGGAUCGUGACUGGUCUACCCUCUCGCGAAGACCCUCUCCUGAGGCUUCGCGGCGCGGCUGCUGCCUGAACUGACCUGCCCGCCCUCCUGCGGGGAGAGUUUUCCGUGGACACAGCCUAGCAGAAAGCUGCAGCCCUCAUGCCUCGCUGACUGCUGACCCACCGCCUUGAUGACAGCACCCCCGUUGUGUGCCUUCCCGAUUCAGUUCCGGCAGCCCUCAGUCAGCGGCCUGUCACAGAUCACCGGGAGCCUGUACAUCAGCAAUGGCGCGGCCGCCAACAACAAGCUCAUGCUGUCCAGCAACCAGAUCACCACAGUCAUCAACGUCUCUGUGGAAGUGGCGAACACCUUAUACGAGGAUAUCCAGUAUGUGCACGUGCCUGUGGCUGACAUGCCCAUCUCGCGUCUCUGCGAUUUCUUUGACCCGAUCGCCGACCACAUUCACAGUGUGGAAAUGAACCAGGGCCGCACGCUGCUGCACUGCGCCGCUGGUGUGAGCCGCUCGGCCGCCCUGUGCCUGGCCUACCUCAUGAAAUACCAUGCCAUGUCCCUCCUGGAUGCCCACACGUGGACCAAGUCAUGCCGGCCCAUCAUCCGGCCCAACAACGGCUUUUGGGAGCAGCUCAUCCACUAUGAGUUCCAACUGUUUGGCAAGAACACCGUGCACAUGGUCAACUCCCCAAUGGGAAUGAUACCUGACAUCUAUGAGAAGGAAGUCCGUUCGAUGAUUCCCCUGUGAGCCAUCUUGCUGGCCCCUGCACUGGGGACAGAGGUACAGAUCUGUUGCGGAUCAUAUGCCAAGAUCCAAACUUGAACAUUCUACUUUGGUUGAUACAGAAAAACACAGAUGAUGCCUUUUAUGAGGGCAAGAAAAAACAGUUGCUAUAGAUUUUAACCUUAUAAUCCAUAUCUUUGCCAGGCGUGAGACACCACACUCACACUCAUGCCUGUAAUCCCUGCACUUUGGGAGGCUGAAGCAGGAGGAUUUCUUGAGGCCAGGAGUUCGAGACCAGCCUG